UUUUUGGGGGGGGCAAGUGUUUGUUAGCCCUGUUCAAUAUCCAUUCAUCUUUGUGUGUGGGUAUGUUCAGUGGGGGACCCCUGGGGGAACCGGGAAUUUGUGUGUGGGGGGCGUUCCCCAUCCCCUCUCAAACGAAGUAUGAAGCUUGAGCUAAUCUUGGCAUGUCUUAUAUUACCACGGUCCAAGCCGAUCUUCCUACACUAUUCACAUAUCAUCGCUCUUUUGGUAGGAACUGCCCUUCACUGGUUCACAAACAACCACGAAGUGCGCGCGUUACGGUCGCUUCACUACCAACGCAGGGCAAGUUCGGCACGAACGAUAGCUCGACCAGUCGUCGUAUGGUUUUUAACAACGCCCACGCCCAAUUCAGUUAGACGCGCAUGACCAUAUAGCUAGUCGACCCGUUUUUUUUCGCAGCGUACACGGUCAUUGAGAUCUCACACAGUUAUUUCAUGGGAAUGGUUCCCUCCGUAAAGACAAAUGAAAUCGGCUAUUGAUAACCAGCGGGGCGCCCAUACCCCUGAGCCUGGUCCCAAAUGGUCGACUAGAUAAUCCAAACCAUUCGUUCGGGCGGUGCAGGUCGAACAAUAGUUAACUAUAGUCGUAGUCCCAACUUGCCCCAAGUGAACACUGCCAACCGACAUGGCUCUUCUCAGCCGAUGAGGGGGUGCUACCACUCAAGGUGUAUGAGAAGAAUGUUACUGGUUGCAGCACGCAGGCUAGGCGUCUGUGAGAUCUGACUAAUGUAGUUGGACUGUAGCUGCCGUAGAUGCCAGCCUCGGCCAUAUUAACUGGUGGUCAUGAUCACACACACUCAUGAUUGUCAGCUCUUGUGAGUAUUAGCGCCCUAUUUCAUCCCUGCAGAAAUUACAAAAAGAACUGACACCAAAAUCGUUUGCGUGCGUGAACUUGUUCUGUUUUUUUGAGUUAUCUACACGCCUCCGGAGGUUGACGACACACUGCGUUUCCUGCGUCUGAUUAAUCUUUGUUUAGCGUUUCAGUAUCUCUGCCAUAUGUCUUCUCUCGUUUGGCUCACAUUGAUAACCUACCAGUUUGUCUGGUCGCUAUAAAGUGUCCCUCUUCACGGCACUGCAAGCACUAAGUGGACCUUCAACAGUUAAGACUUUGACUUUUUGAUCCUCUGCCUGUGCAAUCAUGAAGUUUCUGCUGCUGUUGCUGUGCGUGGCUCUGGCCCAAGCUGAUCUUGCUCCGAUCUACCGAUCCAAUCAACGUUCAGUUCCAGACAGCUGGGUCAUUAAAAUCAAGGAUUUCGACCAGGUGGAACAAGUUGCAGAGGGCAUUAUCAGCCGGUUCUCCAAAAUGCGUCUGCCAACUCCUACAAUGACUAAGAUUCGUAAACUCAUGCCUGUCCUUACAAUGAAGAUUCCAGCAUUCCUUCUUGAAGAGAUCCGCUCCAUUGACGGCAUCGAGUACAUUGAACAAGAUAAAAUCGCUACACUUGCUGCCUAUCAGUACAACCCACCAUGGGGCCUCGAUCGUAUUGACAGUCGCUCGGGAAGGGAUUAUUAUUAUAGCUACAGCUCUAGUGUCCAAGGAAAGGGGGUAUAUGUUUACAUUGUGGAUACUGGGGUCCAAACGAGCCACAACGCCUUCGGUGGAAGAGCCUAUCGAAUCUUCGGAAAGACAGACGACCACGGCCAUGGUACUCACUGCGCCGGCACAGCAGCCGGUGACGUCUACGGGUUGGCUCGUGAAGCUUAUAUCAUCAGUGUGAAGGUGUGCAGUCCACUGUGCCCAAUGAGUACAACCAUUGAGGGAUUUGACGCUAUACUGGAUUACGCUGGCAGUUAUGGUGGAGUUAUAUCUGUGUCUAUCGGUGGUUUCAGCUACGCCCCUUCCAUGACCACUGCUGUCAAUAACCUCUGGAAUAACGGCUACCUCGUGUCUUACGCUGCCGGCAAUGAAAAUGACGACACGUGUAACAUAUCUCCACAAAAUGGCAACAAACUUAUAGUAGCAGCAGCCUCGGACGAAAAUGACUACAGAGCGUCCUUCUCAAACUGGGGUUCCUGCGUCGAUAUCUUUGCCCCCGGUGUAAACGUCCUUAGCGCUGGCUACAGCACGUCUAGCGAUUCUGGUUCAGUAUACAUGUCCGGCACAUCAAUGGCUUGCCCUCAUGUGACAGGUGCGGCAGCUCUUCACUUUGGUCGUAGUAGUAGUGCCACGCCCUCAUCGGUGAAGAACGCCUUACUGAACGAUGCAACCACAAAUGCCAUCCACGAUGCCAAGGGCACUCCUAAUCGACUUCUUUAUGUCAAUUUCUAAACGUUGAGUUCAGCCGUGCCCCACACGAGACAGAAGGACGACCGACUUUCUUUCACUUAUUGCCAGUCUCUGCCGCCAGUAUCACCUUUCUCAAAACGCGUGUUGUCUGCCUUUCAGAAUUCAAAUUUCAAAAUUACUUCAAAGCCUACAUAUGUCUUUGGUGUUAAUUUUAAUUGUGCACUCAAUACAUUGGAGCUGUUGUGAUUGAUCUGUGUCGACAACUCUUGUGCUUUGUGAUCUUAAAAGCACACGUGGAGAAAUUGUUUGCACCAGAAAGUGCAACACUGCAUUUUUUUUGUCUCUAAAAGGAAUUUGUCAUUUUUCCCGUUAAUCUUCCUUUUCUUCAAGAAUUCUUUUCAAUAAUGCUACUUAGUCCGAUAUUCCAGUUUGAAUUUCAAGUUUCGAGACAAUGUUGAUAGAACGGAUGAUGAUGUUAAGUGGUAUUUAAUCAGGUCAUAAAAUAUUAUUAAUGUUUUACUGUCAAGUUUCGAAUAUGAAGAAAUCAAAUAAAUGCUCAUUUCUCCUGCAAAGUACCGAGGUCA